AUGCCAAUAAUCCGCACACCGCCGAAUCCUAACCUCAAUAGUGAGGAGAGCAACUGUGUUGCCGGCAAGCGGCCAGAUACCGCAGACGAUUUCGUCCAGUGUGACGCUUGUGAUGCCUGGUGGCAUUAUUCUUGUGCGGGAGUCACCGAUUCAAUUGCUGAACGGGCUUGGACGUGUGCCAAUUGCUCUGCUGUUCCGAGUGUGACCUCCAGAAGUACCGUGUCGGGACGUGCGUCUUUGUUACGAGACACUAUGAAUCGGUUGAAGGAGAAGCAGGAGCUAGAAAAGCAGCGGAUGGAAUUAGAAUUGCAACGGAAAUUCCUGCAUGAACAGCAAGAACUCUGGAAUGCGACCCUGGCCGAUGAUAAUAGAAGCCAGAGAAGUCGCGUGAGCUGGCGUGACGCAUUAAAGCGUGUGAAUGAAUGGCUGGGACCAGAAGAAGGCACGGUGGGUAACCUUGGUGGACCACCAGCGGCCUCUCAGAUCCAACAGAAUUCUACAAAGCCAACGGCGAGUACACCAUUGCUCGGAAAUGCAUCCGAUCCACUGAAACUGCUAGAAGAAAAGCUGGAUAUCUGCAAGACCAGCCGGCGCCGUCGCCAAUUACCUCCAGUGAAUCACGUAUCGAGUCCGCCUACCAAUAGUAUCAAUCCGCAGUAUAUACCUUUAGCAAACCGAAAGGGUACUCAACAGCAAGAAUGUCCCGGUCAUGCGGUCUCAGAUCAACAUGUUUUAGCACCGAAUCAGCAGCAGGUAGUGUCGGUUAACCACGGUCCAACUCCACAGCAGCUUUCAGCCCGACAGUCAUUGGGUCGCGAUCUACCGUGUUUCUCAGGAAACCCGCCUGAGUGGCCGAUAUUUAUUUCGAACUACGAGAACACGACAGCCGCGUGUGGGUACACUAACGGCGAGAACAUGCUGCGGCUUCAGCGAUGUUUAAAGGGGCAAGCGAUGGAAACCGUCCGCAGUCGGUUGGUGCUGCCACAAGCGGUACCCCACAUCAUAGAAACGCUUCGUAUGAGAUAUGGGCGACCGGAGCUGCUUAUCAAUGCUAUGUUACGUGACGUGAGAGCGAUGCCGAUUCUUAGAUCUGAGAAGCUCGAAGGUCUUAUUGAGUACGGACUGGCGGUGCAGGGCUUGUGUGAUCACAUUAUAGCAGCAAAUGAGCAGGCUCAUCUCACUAAUCCCACACUGUUGCAAGAGCUGGUUGGAAAGCUGCCUGAGAAUCAGAAACUUAUGUGGGCCGGUUUCAAGCGAAAUGUUCCGAAUGCUGAUCUGAGCGCGUUUUGCGAAUAUAUGGCUGGUAUUGUGCGCGAUGCAUCGACUGUCGUGGUCAGUGAGCCUGAGGAAAGAAAGGUAAUGAAUAAAGAAAGACGAGCAAAGGCCUAUGUGAAUUCGCAUACUCCUGUAGGUGAUGCAACCUCACUGCCGUCGAAAGAGGUGAAAUCGUUUCGCUGUCUAUUUUGUGAUAGGCCUGGUCAUCGUAUGCGUGAGUGUGCGGCGUUUCAAAACCUCAGCGUUGAGGAUCGGUGGCGAAAGGUACGUUCACUUGGGCUCUGCCAAAAUUGUCUCUUCGGUCAUGGUAGGCGUUCCUGUCGCAGCAGUAGCCGAUGUGGAAUUGAGGGGUGUCAGUAUCGUCAUCAUUCUCUACUACACAACCCAAAAAGGGUGCAGUAUGAAUCCAAGCUCGACAGUGCAGAGAACCACGCUCAUGAUUACCUGGGCUCGUGCGUUUUAUUCAGAAUUUUUCCGGUAACCAUCUACGGUGAGUCUGGCAAAGCUGAUGUCUAUGCGUUUUUGGAUGAAGGGUCUUCACUUACGCUAGUGGAACGUGAUCUUGCGGCACAAAUUGGUCUAAAGGGCUCACCGCAACCACUGUGUUUGUAUUGGACUGGCAACACAUCCAGAACGGAGGAAACAUCGCAGAAGGUGUCUUUCGAUAUAGCGGGUGUGGGAAAGAGCCGUCGCUACAAAGUUGAAGGAGCACGAACGGUUGCAAAACUCAAUUUACCCAGUCAGAGUUUCAAGGCGGAAACAGCAGUGCAGCGUUUCGAACACCUGCAGAAUUUACCUGUGCAUGGCUACGAGAACGCUGUUCCAAAACUUUUUAUAGGAGUAGACAAUCUGCAUUUGGCAGUACCAUUAAAAACGAAGGAAGGUGAAGCCGGUCCCGUAGCCGUUAAAACUCGUCUUGGAUGGUGCGUGUAUGGCAAACAGCGUGACAAUACUUGCAACGCGUAUAGUUUCCACAUUUGUGAGUGUACGACGUAUGAACAGUUGCAUGAGACGAUGAAGCAGUUUUUUGCACUUGAGCAAGCGAGCAUCGGGCCUGCCGUCGUUGUUUCGGAAGAGGAAGAGCGAGCACAGAGAAUCCUGGAGAGCACAACAAGACGCAUAGGAGACCGCUUCGAAACAGGAUUACUGUGGAAACAAGACGACAUCACAUUGCCGGACAGCUACGGUAUGGCAGUCCGACGGCUGGAAUGCCUCGAGCGGAGAAUGGUUCGAAAUCCAGAGCUCAAAGAAAAUCUCCACCGCCAAAUUGCAGAGUAUGAGGCUAAAGGAUACGCGCAUAAGGCAACAGAAGCGGAGAUGGAGAAUGCCGACCCACCGGUUUUUGUGGCGCCCCAAUCCAUCGAAACAACCAGAGGUUUACCAGAGGAUGUUGCAACAUUCGGCUCCACCUGCUCACCGGCAUCCGCUCAAUAUGUCAAGAAUUUGAACGCAAGGAAUCACUCACAAAUAUAUCCUCGCGCCGCGCAAGGUAUCAUCGACUGUCAUUACGUCGAUGACUAUUUAGACACCUUUGGGAGUUCGGCGGAAGCACAGCAAGUUGCAAAAGAAGUGCGUUUAGUACACAGUAAAGGGGGAUUUACUCUGCGUGGCUGGCGUUCUAACAGUCGUCGUGUGCUCAAGGAACUGGGAGAAUCCGAUAUCGUAACAUGCAAAAGCCUGGCCCUGGGAAGUGAUGAUCGUACCGAACGAGUUUUAGGGAUGCUCUGGACCCCGCAUACAGACGAACUCAGUUUUUCGACACAGAUGAGCACUGAAGUACAAACGUUACUCCUCAGAAAGAAUCGGCCAACGAAGCGGCAAACACUGCGCUGCGUUAUGACCCUGUUCGAUCCACUAGGACUGCUGUCACCGUUCGUAGUACAUGGGAAAAUACUCAUACAAAACCUUUGGCGGACAGGAGCGGAGUGGGAUAAGGAGGUUGAUGAUAAUUCGUUCGACCUUUGGCAGAAGUGGAUCAAGAUGAUAGGUUUCAUUGGUACUGUUCGUAUUCCGAGGUGCUAUUUCACUCGAGCUACUGCUGAGACUUACAAUGCUGCGCAAAUGCACGUCUUUGUUGACGCCAGCGAGAAAGUUUAUGCGUGUGCUGUGUACAUCCGCACCAUGAAUAACAGUGCCAAAGGUCAGUGCGCUUUGCUGGCAGGUAAAGCUAGAGUAGCGCCAGUUAAACCGAUGUCAGUGCUCGGGUUGGAGCUCAAAGGAUGUGUGAUUGGGGCGAGGCUAGCAAAGCACGUUCAGGAACAUCACCGUAUUCCGAUCGACAGGCGCUUCUAUUGGACAGAUUCGACCACAGCGUUGUCGUGGAUCCGAGGUGACCCACGCAACUAUCGACCAUACGUUGCCCACCGAAUUGGGGAAAUUCUGGAGGUGUCCAGCGUAGCCGAAUGGAGAUGGGUUCCAUCAAAACUUAACCCAGCAGAUGAAGCCACCAAAUGGGGUAAAGGACCGUAUUUUAGCGAUGAGAGCAAAUGGUUUGCUGGGCCAACUUUCCUGCAGCUGCCCGAAGAAGAGUGGCCACAUCAAGUAGAGGCAACUGUAGCUACAACUGAAGAAGUCCGAAUGACAGUUCUACUUCAUACGACUAAAAAAUUUACGGUUUUCUGUGAGCCGUUCAGCCAUUGGGAAAGUUUACUUGGAGUAAUACGAUGCGUGCUUCGCUUUAUCAACAACAUUCGGCGUGGACGUACAAGGUUUGCUGAACAACUGGAGCAAAACGAACUGCGAGCUGCCAGAGAUGCAGUCUUCAACCAAGUACAAUACGAAAUAUAUACCGAAGAGAUAAUGGUUCUGGCCAAAAUCGACACACUGCCUUCAACCACCCAGGAACGAUCAAUAAGGACAGUAGCCUGUACCAAUUUAUGCCGGUUAUAG